CCGGCUGUUUAAGUUUCGUCACUCAGUUUCUUAUUGCAAGUCGUGAGGUGAAGGUGUACAACGUUGCGUGCUGAUAUUUACCAUAUUUCUCGACAUCAUUCUAUCCUUUAUUGCCGCAAUUCCGAGUCGCCAGAAUGGGAAUUCUCAUCGCGAAAUUGUGGAGCCUGUUCGGAAAUGAGGAGCACAAGAUCGUCAUGGUAGGUCUGGACAAUGCAGGCAAAACAACGAUACUGUACCAGCUGCUGAUGAACGAAGUUGUGCACACUUCGCCAACCAUAGGCAGCAACGUUGAGGAGGUGGUUUGGAAGAACCUCCACUUCAUCAUGUGGGACUUGGGGGGCCAGGAAUCCCUCCGCUCUGCAUGGAAUACCUACUAUACUAACACAGAGUUUGUUAUUGUGGUCAUAGACUCGACAGACCGCGAAAGGCUGAGCAUCACUCGAGAAGAGCUCUACAAAAUGCUGGCGCACGAAGAAUUGUCUCGGGCAGCUGUUCUUAUAUAUGCUAACAAGCAGGACAUCAAAGGAUCGAUGACGGCUGCAGAAAUAUCCCGUCUGCUUAACCUGACGUCCAUUAAAAAACACAAAUGGCAAAUUCAGGGUUGCUGUGCUCUAACAGGAGAAGGAUUGUAUCAGGGACUUGAAUGGAUUGGCAGUACAUUGAAAAGUAAAUGACAAAACUACGGCUGAAUUCUGUAGCAAGAUUAGACCUCUCAAGCUGUGAUUGUCUUCACUAAGGUGUGUUUUAACAGUUCUCUAUUUAGAAUGGGGACAGACACUCAUUGGUUCUCAGAGACCAAACAUUAAAGAGACUAUUCCAAGUGAAGGAAUUUGAUGUAUAAUAAGUGUCGUAACCAACAGACAAGAGUGACGGUGCCAUCCAUUUUACCCCAGCCUUGCUCUCUCGUGUUGAGCAGUCCUCUUGUAAGAGGAGAGAAGGCUAAGACUCGAAGAGAUUAUUCACCAUUUUUUAAUAAGUACGUGUUAUUAUUGAUCUCUUUUUCUCAAUACAUUUUGUGCAUACUAUAGUAGCUUUGUAGCUUCCGGUUUAAGUAAAAUGUGACGCUUCGUCAAGUUCGGGACGUUGCGGUACGUUGUGAUGAUAGCCAAAGGAGCAUAAUGUUCGUUCUUCCACGUUUAAAUUGUUGCAAUAGACAUCAUCAUCUUUCAUCAUCAUUUGAAAACUAGUUUUGUUUCACAUGCUCAUGAAGUACAGUAGUUACGUUGCAAAAGGACACUUGAAAGGCAUGCAGCAUACAGCACAGUAUAAGAUUUUGUGAGGAAGUGAAUUCUUUUUUGUACUAAACAUCAGUGCAGUCAGUUCUUAGUGCUUUUUCAUCAGCAUUUCAAAGUCAUAUUGGGCAAAGAUACUUUGGAUUUUACUGGUACGUCCAGUAAACUUUCAGUUUUGAAAACUGCAUCCAAGUGUAAUUAGUGUCAAUCCGAGGUUUUUCUGUGGAUAUCUAAAAAUUUUAGUCACAAGGUGACCCUAGCAAAGGCACCUAGAUAUCAGCAUGUCAGUGUUUCUCCUUUUGAAGUUCAAGGAUGUAUUAAUUGAAAUUGAAUCCAGAAAACCAGGAUUAACUUGUUCUUCAAGCAUGAAAAAGUAGAUGGUUAAUAUUCCUGACGUGUAAGGAGGAUAUACUGUGCAUUUUAUUGCAGUAGUGGAUUUUUCUACAAUAUCCUUUUUUUAAAGUAUUUUAAAAAAUAUAGGUUUAAAUAAAGUAUUGGGUGCCGUACAUUGUAUCGUCAUAUAUCUUGUUUGUAUAUUUAUAUGUGUGUGUGUGCAUGGGAGGGAUUCAUCGCAUUGUUUCAAGCAUGAAUCACUACUUUUCAUUCCUGUUCUUUUCGUGGAUGAACGUGUGUUGCUAUACUACUUGAUUAUUGGUGGUGACGACUGCGAUGAAUAUUACGAAAGUCGCGACGUAGAGUUUUAGAUUCCAGUUUUAUUCCUUUAUGAGGUGAGGUAACCACAAUGAGUUAUUUUUAUAAGUAAACACUUCAUUCAGUGAUUUAGACAAGUCUUUUACCUUUGAAGAACUAAUUUAUACAGUAUCCAUAGUACUGUUUCACUGUGCAUCACAUUUGCUGCUGUCUGGUGUAAGAACAAGUGCGGUUAAGUGAUGUUUCAAGAAUUGUCUUGUGAAGACUAAUUGUGAAGUGUCUGUGUAAUGGUGAACUGACAAGGUUUUCUUGAAGUUACUAAAAUGAAAAGGACUGGUUUUGAAAUGUUACUUCAGAUGAGUUCAUUUUUGUAAGUGUGUUCAAUGCAAAAAGCUAGUGGAAGAUCUAAGAGUUGCAUCAUAUACUACUGUUUAUUGCAUUAUGCUACCAUUGUUACAUUUCAUGACAAACUAUGGAAAAUAUGCCAUAUGUUUGUAUUUUGUCUGGAUGUAAUAUCAGUCAUAGCAAAUCUGGGAUUGUUAUUCUUUCAUUAUAAAACUGAUCUGCAAAUUGAAUAUGCAUUAGAAGCAGAAGUAUUACAGAAAUAAUUUUCAUCAUUUAGUCAGCAAAUGAUGGACAGUCGUCGCACGAUCUGGUGACUGAAUUUUUUUCUUGAAUAAUUGAAAAGAGCAUUACAUUAAAUGUAUCCUAAGAAUCUUGCAGGGAUCUACAUAAGUUUCUUUUCCUUUAUAUUUAGACAUGAGUACUUGUUUGUAUGUUAAUGAUUUUUAUGUGAUUAACCCCAGUAUUUUAUGAAACUAGCAUUUUUAAGUUUAGCAUCAACUCAAAUUGUUAUGCUAUUGGAGCUUUGUGCUUACCAUAUUUUCUGUUACUGUAAUAAUAACUAUUUCUUAUACAGUUACUUAAAAAAUUAAAAACUGCUGUCAUGGUUUACUAUACAAAUGAGUGUAACUGAAAGUUGGCCAAAGCAGAUCUUGCAUCUUGCUUUCUUCCUUUGUGGAAUUUUAUGUAUGAAAUAGUUACUGGUAAUAUUGUAGCUUCCUAAUAUGUUACAAAGGCACAGGCAGAGAAGGAAUGAACAUUAAACCUCAUCUGAGCCAAGAGAAUGAGCGUAUUGUAUGUGUGACGAGUUCUUCACACUGUUAAGGCAAAGUCUGGAAAUGAAAUGUUGCAGGUACGGAAACAGACAUUGCAGCUGCUGUGGUGCAACUUUUUUUUUGUCAUUCCCUUAAAAAUCAAUGGACUACAUAUCUUAAAAAAAAAAAAAAAGAAUAAAAGUUUUGAAUUUUGAACUGUUGUAUGUCAGUAAAAGAUUUUGCCUGACAAUCAGACAUGUUGUCUGCAUUUUUUUAAUGUCUGGAAAAUGUUUCAUAAAUGUAUAUAGGAAAAGAGAUGUUUAUUUUGAAUAAAAAGCCCUUUUAAAUGA